CCACAGUUGAUGAUGCCAAAUUCCUUUAACAGCUUCUCUUUGGAUAGUAGUAUCAAGUGUGGAAAAGUUCCCCAACAUCCUGAAGCAGCAACAAACCUGGAGUAACUGGGAGAAAUAGUAGAAAUGGGGAUUCAGAAGAACAAAAGCCAUAAGAAGACGUGGGAUGAGGAAAUGAUGAAAUUAUUCCAACAGUACAAACCAGAACACGUUGCUACAUGGAGUACUGAGCCAAACCACUUGACCACACUUUUUCUUUGCUUGCAUGGUUUUAAGCAGAAUGAAUGGCUGUAUAAACAUAUGUAUACCAUUUUUAUGGUGUAUCUUCCACAACUGAAAAAGUGUUAUCCGAAACCAACUUCAGAAGUGUUUGUACCUCUAAGAUUAAAUGGACCCCGCUUGUUCAGAAUUUGGGAUAUUAGCCAGAAAUUCCUCUUCAUGGUCAACAGCAUGCUGAUAGCAAACCCACAGGAUUUCAAUUCACCAGGUCAGGAAUUUAUGAUGGUCUUGGAUGGCUGCUCAGAGAGAGACAUUAUGGAGCUAUACAGACAAAAUGAAAGGUUUUUGGAUUUCAGUUUCUAUAGCAAGAUGGAUGGCAGCUCAGAAACAUGCUCUUUUGAAUCUGCCCAGUUCCCUGGUUGGUUCAUAAGCACUUCUUCUGAGCCAAACAAACCUAUCGGUCUGAGUCAAAAAGGAGGCACUGACAUUACAGUUUUUUAUUCUGAAGCUGUAGAAAAAAGUGGAACUUCCCAUCUCUAGAGUUAUUUAAGGGGAACGUCUAUUUCAAGUUUUAUGGGGAAUGCAAGUUUUGCGGGAAGUAAAAAUGCAGACUUAAACAAUUUAGCAGAUUGAGCAAAAAUAUUUGGAAUUCCUCAGAUCAUAAGGCACUUAAGCAAUGUCUGCUUGUUAUUUGUCAUCAAA